AUAUUGUUAUAACAAUAAAUCUGUUAAUCUAACAAGUUUUCGCAAAAUUAACUUAUAAUAAUUAAACAUUUCGAUUCUCUGAAGAGCCCAAUCAAAAUCACAACGGGCUCAAAGGCCCAAAGAUCUCUUUAUUUUGACAUUUGUUUCAACAGUCAUCGGAGAGUCCGAGAUUGUCCCUCCAACGGCUAUUUUUUGUCAUCUUCCUCGUACCGGCUACUUUUAUCCUUCGUUUUCCUUCACCAAUUGAUCUGCGAACAGCCAACAGAGUCCAACAAUCAACCAUGGAUUUCAACGGAAGUGAGUCAAUUGGCCGUGAAGAAGAGAGAGAAAGCCUCAUGAUGAACACCUAUGGCGGCGGAAUAUCGGCGGUGAAGAUAGUGGAAUACAUGAUCUCCUCAAUGUCGAUCGAGCUUCUCUGCAAGUUUCCCGACAACUCCGCUUUCGAUUUCGACUAUACCCAGAGCUCAAUUUGGUCUCCGUUAGUCCCUCAUCCUUCAAAUCCAUCGUCCCCAGCACCGGAGUUACAGAGGAAGCUUUCCUAUGAAGAUGACAACCACGGCGGCGAUGAUAUGGUUUGUCACGGUAGCAGCGGCGGAGAAACCGUGAGGAAAUUGAAGGAAAAUGUAAAGAACAAGAUUGCAGAUUCGUGUGUGUUUAGUUGCUUCAAAAUCCAGCACAAUUUCAGCAAUAAGAAGACGCCGAUGAAGAGAAGGAGUGGUACUUUCAGAGGGUAUAAUCAAUUGGGAUCGAUUUGUUCGAAUUCAUCCGGUGUGGUUGCAGAUUCUUCAAGUUCUUCCCCAAUUCAAAGCAAGGGGUGGAAGAAGGUGUUGAAAGCGGCAUCAAAGCAAUUCAAGAAGACAAUGAAGAAGAAAGAGUCCGUUGCUCAUCUCAAGCUAUCACAUUAUGAUUAUUAUUAUUGAUUAUUUCUAACUUAUUAAUUUUUUUUUAUUGGAAGAAAUUAGAUUUAUUUAUGGUAAAACUCUUUUUCACAAGAACAACUUGUAUUUCAUGCAGAAAGUUGUGUAAUAAUGCUAUGAGUUUAACGGGUAUAUUGGAAUAAAAAUAUGAGUAAAUUACAUGAA